ACUGCAGUGUUUCCAGUCGUUUGUGACAAGCGAGAUGUCGGCAAGUUACUGGCUAACAAUUUUUGCCACACUAGUUUGCAUACAGCUCUCCCUCUCGGCCGUUGUACAGGCUGCCCAGCCCGCCAAUCAAGAGCUGCAGGCAUUCAUCGGCCGCGUUGAGGCGCUGGUACUCGAUACCACCGAUCGUGCACUGAUUAUCACUCGUAAUAUUUACCUUAACAUAAGCAAAGAGAUGCCACCAAUGCUGCUGCAGGCUACCAAUCAAACGAUGCAAGAUUAUGUUUGGCGGGUCAAUGAAGCAUUGAAUGGCUCAUCAAAUGCCAACUUCACCAUUAAGCGCAAAUUGUUGCGGCAAUUUAAAGUGAACAAUCUGCAAAUCGAACUGCUGCGUCGCCAAUUGACUCCGCUGCAACCGGAAUUCAACUUUCAACUGAUCUCAGAUGAAUUUACCAACUCACAAAAUAACAUCACCGAAUUUGAUAAUUUGUAUUUGUGGUUCAUGCAAGAAUUCGCGGACGCAUCGCAGCAGUUGUGGGAUACAUUGUCCGAGCCUACAGUGGAGGAGCAACAGGAGCUGUUGGAGCUGCUCGAUGAGAUUUCCAAAGAGCAGCAACUGCGUGAGAAGGAUAAAUUGUAUGAUGAAUUUAUUGCCAUGUUUCUAUUCAAAAUCGAAGAGAAUGAGUUGGAGACUAAAGAAUUGUAUUGA